AUGGGGUCCCCCGUUGUCACGAAGGCAGCGGCGGCGGCGGCAGCGGCACCUUGGCGGGGCUCGGCACAAACAACGCCCGUGACAUCACCGCAGCGGCAACAUGGCAGUGGGGGGUCCGUCCCGCGGCAGCAAAGCAGAUGGCCUCCACCGCAGCAAGGCGUGCGGGAUGCGGCGGGAUUACCGUCACCGGCAUUGGAGGCCCACGGCCGCGGUAAGGGGCUGCUGUUGUUCCCCAGUACUGCAGCGACGCCGCGGCGGCUAAGCACCACCAUGAAGCCGCGGCCAGAGACAACUACAACCGUAGUCGCAGCUGCACCAUCGUCGGUGUCAACGGCACUGGCACACUCCUUCUCGUCCUCGGCGCAGCAUGUGCUUCCGCUGCAUGAUCAGCCUGCAUUCCGCACAGAUUUGGUCCACCGCACAGUUUUUGUAUUUGGCCUUCACACCGUUGAGGAGUGUCGUGCGCUGCUGCAGCUUCUGCAGGAAAAUUGCGGUCCUAUCGCCGGCGCCUUCCGUACCGCCGAUCUCACAUGCCAGCAUGACACGGCCUUCUCCACGUCCUCGUCGUGGGGGGCAGGGAUUGUUGGAGGUGGGUGCGUUGUUAUUUGUGUGGCUUUCUACCGCGCUGAGAGUGCCUGCAUGGCGAGGCGCCUUGACAACACCGCCCAUGUCUACCAGAAACGUUUCCUGGUGGAGAGUGCCGUGCGCUUUCAACACCUUUCAAGCCUCCAUGAAUCCAUGUCUGUCUCCGCCGCCGCCGCCAUGCUUGCCAUGCCGGGCACCCCACAACAUGAACGACUGUGGCAGCUUCUCUUCUCCCCGACGAUAGGUGCAGCGACGAUUGACUGGCAGGCUGCCGCCGCCGCGGUGGGGCGUGGCGAGGCGCUCUUGUUGAAAUCGACUCCACCCCCUGCAGGGCUCGGCGGCGGCGGCGCCGAGGAGAAUGCCACCACCAACAUGGGAUUUCUCAUCCACCGCGAUCAUGAAAGUAACGGUAGAUAUCACACGCAUCUCGGCUUCCGACCCUUGGCCACAGUUGGGAGGGAUUCCGCAGGCGGCGGCGUCCUCGCCGGUGGUGGGGAGCCGGCGCGGAAAUUUGACUUUGCGAUGGACCUGACGGGCACAUCAGCGUCAACGGCACCGGCUACUACUGCAGCGUCGACUAUGCCGACUUCCAAGGCCGCUACCGCCGCUGCCUACCCCACCGGGUUUGCCACAGACGCACUUGGCCGCUCCAACACCCUGCAGCAGCAGUACUACAUCACCCGCUACGAGUCCUCGGACGUUCCGCUCUUCUCGUUUGCUGCCCGGCUCUUCUCGUUGGUGCUGAGCCACAUUACCAACCGGGUGUCGGGUGCAUCGUCUGGGGGGGGAGGUUUGUACGGUGAGGCGUACCUCCCUGCACCACUUCGCCAACGCGUGGAGCGCGUCGACGGCCGAUACUACGACACAGCCUCCGCCACUGCAGCAUCCACCACGAGUGCUCCAGUGGCAGGUGAUAGGGGCGUUGGCGGAGCUGGAAGAGACGUAGGAGCACACAAUCCUUCGUUUGCGUUGGGCGAGCAGACCACAGGGACGGCGUAUAUUCCCCGCAUGCGAUCCAUCGGCGACUACGUAAUUGCCACACUGCCGUUUGCCACCCAGUUACUCACACCGCUCUUUCGUGCCGGCGGUGAUGACGCGCCUCCCGACAACGGCCAUUCCACCGAGGGGAGCAGAGGCGGUCUGGGCAGCGUGAAUGACGCCACCAGUGGCGGUGGCGUUGGUAACUUCGGCAGUGACCCCACCGGCCCUGUUGAGGGGCCUAGUGACGGCGGGGUGGGGUUUUACAGGGGACACCCGCCACACACCACGGCGUUCGCGUCACGGCGGCGCAAACGCCCCCGUGACUUGACUGGCCUGGGCGAUGGGGAGACGGGUGAGGCGCUGGCCGCCGAUAACAUGCUGCGUGGCAUGGGCGAGGGAUUUGUGUCUCUUCAGCCGGACACGUUGGCAGCCCUCUUUCCGGCCACUGCGGCCACUGCGGCGGCGGCGGUGGGUAUCAGCGACGUGGGGGUGACCUCUACUGCGAGUUAUUGCAAGCGCGACGUCGCGGGGGCGAGUGGCGUCUCCCUGGCCAGCGCAUCGCCCUCCAGCACCUCCCCGACACCGCCAGGUGCCACCAUCGACGCAGCGGCCAGCAACGACGCCGUACGGGCGUACUUGACGGAAAGCAUUCGCCUGCGUUCGCUUCCUUCCCGCGACGCCGGCAGCGUCCCAGUGUCCGCCUUUGCAGCGACACCGGCGGCAGCAGCAACAGCGCCGCCGGGAGCUUUGAGGACAACACGGCCCCCACCGCCGCCAACAUCGGUCUGGCAGGGGUUGACGUCGCCGCUGGAGUGGGGCCGUUGGCUUCGCCACGCCCGUAAUUUCUACGACCGUUUCUGCUGA